AUGGCCGCGCUGCCCCGCUGCCUCUCCCCGUCCCUUCCCCUGCCCCCGUCCCUGCCCCUGCCCCGAUUCUUGCCCCUGUCCCUGGCGCUGCUCCUGGCGCUGACGGCGCCGCGCGGCCGCGCGCAGAGCUUCGGGCAGACGCGCUUCAUCUGCACCUCGGUGCCGCUGGACGGGGACAUGUGCGCGGCCACAGCGCCGGGCGGAGGCUCGGCCGAGGAGCUGAAGAGCACCGUGCUGCAGCUGCGGGAGACGGUGCUGCAGCAGAAAGAGACCAUCAUGAACCAGAAGGAGACCAUCCGCGAGCUGACGGCCAAGCUGGGCAGGUGCGAGAGCCAGAGCGUGCUGGACGGGCUGCCCGGCGAGCCCAAGGGCGGCGGGGGGGGCAGGAAGCAGGGCGGCUUCUCCAAGAACACCAUGGGCGACCUGUCCCGGGCGCCGGCCGCCGAGACCCUCAGCCAGCUCGGGCAGACGCUGCAGUCCCUGAAAACCCGACUGGAGAACCUGGAGCAGUUCAGCAGGAUGAACUCCACCGGGCAGAGCACCAACCUGAAGGACAUCCUGCAGAACAAGAUCGACGAUCUGGAGAAGGAGGUGCUGUCCCGGGUCAACAGCCUGGAGGAGGGCAAGUACAACCCCAAGAACGAGUCCGAGGAGCGGGGCAAGAUCGAGAGCACCCUCACGUCGCUGCAUCAGCGCAUCAGCGACCUGGAGAAAGGCCAGAAGGACAACCGCCCCCCGGACAGGUUCCAGCUCACCUUCCCGCUGCGCACCAACUACAUGUACGCCAAGGUGAAGAAGAGCCUCCCCGAGAUGUACGCCUUCAGCAUCUGCAUGUGGAUCAAAUCCAGCGCCUCCCCCGGCAUGGGCACCCCCUUCUCCUACGCCGUGCCCGGGCAGGCCAACGAGCUGGUGCUUAUUGAGUGGGGCAACAACCCCAUGGAGAUCCUCAUCAACGACAAGGUGGCCAAGCUGCCCUUCGUCAUCAACGACGGCAAAUGGCACCACAUCUGCGUCACCUGGACCACGCGGGACGGCGUCUGGGAGGCGUACCAGGACGGCACGCAGACGGGCAACGGCGAGAACCUGGCCCCCUACCACCCCAUCAAGCCGCAGGGCGUGCUGGUGCUGGGCCAGGAGCAGGACACGCUGGGCGGAGGCUUCGACGCCACGCAGGCCUUCGUGGGGGAGCUGGCGCAUUUCAACGUGUGGGACCGGCGGCUGUCCCCGGGCGAGGUGUACGCGCUGGCCACCUGCAGCAGCAAGGCGCAGGCGGGCAACGUCAUCGCCUGGGCCGAGGCCAACAUCGACAUCUACGGCGGGGCCACCAAGUGGACUUUCGAGGCCUGCCGCCAGCUCAACUAGGGCCACGGACACGCGAGAGCCGCCUCCUCAUCGGGUUCUUUGAGUCGUUUGGGUUUUUCCUCUGAUUUUAUUUUAUUUUAUUUAUUUAUUUAUUUAUUUAUUUAUUUUUGGUCGGGAUUUC